AUGGCGUGGACCAUGAAUCGAAUAAAUUCAGCCGUAAAUAACAACUAUAGUCGUUACUUGAUACAUUGCAAACGUUAUUUAAAAGAAGUCUUAAGUUCAGGAGUACUGGGUGCUGAAGCAGCCUCACUUGAUAUAGUUGAACUUAUACCUGGAGAUAAGUAUGCUAAAAUUGAUGUCAACUGUAAACUACCAGUAUAUGAUGGCUCCAACAAACCUUCAAUAAAGCAAACACCCACCGCAUUGGCAUUUCAUAUUCAGCAGUAUAUGAAUAGUGGAAGUAGUGAAUUAAGAUCACUUUUGCAUAAGGGUUAUCCAAAGAUGAAGAUUCCUGUUUUUCAGUUUUUUAUAACUGAACAGACCUGUAUAGUAAAUGCUCCUUCAAUUGAUUCAGAACAUUUACAGUCAUCCAACGAUGUAGUAUGUACUGCUAUUCCAGCGUCUAUCAAACCUAAUAAUGUUUAUGGAUUGGAACGUGAUAAACUUGUUAAAAUAAUUAAUUCAAGAUUGAAAGCGAUAAGGAAGAAAUCUCAUACUUUAGAGCCAAGAAAUUUAAUAUCUGAUAAUUAUGAGGAGAUAAAUAUCACUCCUGAAUCCAUUAAACAAGAUCACACUUCCAUCAGUGCAUGGGCAAAAUAUUGGAAGGAGAGUCAAGAUUGGCGAGCUAUAGCUAAACGCGAUAGAAGACUUCGUCAUCAAAGUACAGGAUUAGAAUUUUUAACACAUAAUCAAAACAAGAGUAGUGACGCAGAAAAUUGACAUUUGACUAAACAUUGUGUGAAUAAUACUUAUUGAAAUCUAUUUCUUCGUAUUGUUGUGCUUCUUUCAAUAGAAAAAGGUUAAUAUUCUCUUUGUUUUAAACAUGGGAUAUGUCGGGUGUUACUAAUAGAUUACUUCUAACAGUAUUCGAAAUCACCUUGUUCACGAUCAUAUUACAUCGGUACCUAGCUUCUUAAUUAAUCAUCUCGUGUACUGAACAUUCAAAAAAUC